AUGAUGACGACGUGCCGUCUGCUGUGCGCCCUGUUGGUGCUCGCCCUGUGCUGCCGCCCGUUCGUAUGCGCGGCUGAUGCUGUUGAAGACGAACCUACCAGCUCGAUUUCGUUGUCCUCUCAGUCCGAAGAGGAAGACGAUUCCGAUGUGAGUCAGGAUUUAGGUACGGACACUCAUGCGGGACCGGAAAAUGAGAGGAACGGUGAGGAAGGUUUACAAAAUGAGGAGUCUGCCUCCCCAAAGGGUAAAGAGGACAGCGUUGAGUUGCAGACACCAAAUACAACCACUACGACCACUACGACAAAGGCGCCAACCACUACGACCACUACGACAAAGGCACCAACCACUACGACCACUACGACAAAGGCACCAAGCACUACGACUACUGAAGCCCCAGAUAAUAAGACGAAGCUCAAACAGCCACGUCUUCGCGAAAUCGAUGGCAGCCUCAGCAGCUCUGCGUGGGUGUGUUCCCCGCUGCUGCUCGCCGCAUGCGCGCUGGCGUACACCGCUGUGGGCUGA